CAUGUGGGAGUGAGAUUAUACGGGAAAGAAGUUCGUGCUAAUGUCACAAGCAGAGCUUUAAGCGAGUUGCUCGAGUUGCUCUUGACAGCAGCUUUUGCUUAUAAUCAUACUAAUACCACUACUAAUAAUAAUACUAAUACUGUAUGAAAAGCAACAACAACAAGAACAACAAGAACAGCAAGAACAAUAACAACAACAACAACAGCAGCAGCAGCAGCAACUACAACACAUCCAACCCUAGCCCUGCAAUGUGGGGGUGGUUAAAAAUAAAAAUGAACAUCUGCAUCUUAAAAAAAGAACGUUGAGAAACGUUCUACUAGUUGAUUCAAAUUUUUUUUUAAAGUUAUUUCAAUUGCUGAACUAUGCAUAAAGGGUUUGCCCGAAUUUACAAGUGUAGCCAGUGCAAUGACCGCGACUUUCAACAUCGUAAUGUGCUUACCAAGGAUUGUUAUUACUCUGUGAUGUGGGAAUAAUUCCUCUUUCGGAUGCCGACACCAGGAGGCACAACCACACAUCUUGUGGGAACAGUGACCUCACUGUGAGUGACCAGGACCGUGUCACGCAGUAGAGUAACGUCCUUUGUGAGUGACCAGAGUUGUCUCAGGUAAAGUGACGUCAUUGUGAGUGACCUGUGCUGUGAACCGCUGACGUCAUGAAGUACGACGACCUCGUGGAGUACUUGGGGGAGUUCGGGCCCUACCAGCGCCGUGUCUACUUCAUCACCUGUAUGCCGGCUCUUGCUGCGGCCAUACAGACGCUCAUACCUGUGUUCAUUCUCGCAGUGCCUGAUUACAGAUGUGCCGUCCCAGGUCUGACUAACGACACAUUCCGGCACCAGUCUGUGCUCCAAGAGCGACUGGUCAACCACACCCUGCCCUGGACAGACUACGACGAUGACCACCCCUGGGGGAGUGCGGAGUGUAACGUGUUCAAAGGGAGAAAUGUCUCGAACUUUGACCCCAGUCACCCCAGUCCAGAAACCAAUACGACAGAGCACUGUAACCGAUGGGUCUACGACCAGUCAGUUUUUGAGAACUCUUUCGUUACACAGGAGAACAUGGUGUGUGACGACACUGUACUCCGCUCUCACGCUAACAUGAUCUACAUGGCCGGACUGCUCGUAGGCUCCAUCACCUUUGGAUUUAUCUCAGACAACACGGGAAGGAAAACGGCCUUCACCUUGGCUAUCCUGCUCCACGUCAUCACAGCUGUAGCCACGGCCUUUGCCCCCGGUUUCGCCGCCUUCGUCACCCUGAGAUUCUUCACAGGCGUCGGCAAUGUCGGAAUCUUUACCUGUUGCUUCGUCAUGGGUAUGGAGCUGGUGGGCCGGAAAUGGCGUGUUCUGGCAGGCAUUGCCAUCCAGUAUUACUGGUGUCUCGGCAUGUUCAUCGUGGACAUAGUGGCGUUCGCCAUCAGAGACUGGAAGACGCUACAGCUGGCCAUGUCCUGCUACGCUGUCUGCUUUCUAUCUGUUUGGUGGCUGGUCCCCGAAUCUCCCCGAUGGCUCAUCAACAAAGGGCGUGUGGAGGAAGCCCGGGCUAUCAUGGAGCGAGUGGCCAAAGCCAACGGGAAAGAGCUGCCCAAAGACGCUAUAGACGAGCACGAAGACGCUGGACAACCCAAGGGGAAACUCACAGACGUGUUUAAGUCAAAGACGUUGACCAUCAGGAUCAUUGUUGUCUUUGUCAACUGCACCUAGCUGGGUGAACCUUCUGCUCUCCAACAUCGGCAAGUUUGGUGCCACUGGAGGUUUCUCAACGAUCUACGUAUUCUCUGCGGAGCUGUUCCCCACGUCCAUGAGGAACUCUGUGGUGGGAGCCAGCUCUAUGAUAGCCAGGGUGGGGGGCAUGGUGGCUCCCUACGUCGCUGAUCUGGGUAUCCUGGUGGGCGGUUCGUUCGGGGCUGCCCUGCCGUACAUCGUGUUCGGGGCGAGCGCUCUCGUGGCUGGACUCAUGGCUCUAUCCCUGCCCGAGACACUCGGCGAGACGCUGCCGGAGACCAUCGAAGACGCCAUAAAUUUCGGAGGGAAGAACAAAAAGAUCUACGAACAAAAUCUGGAACCACCCAUGACAAACGGACUCAAAGAAAAGGAACUUCAGAUGGGGUCAUUCCAAGGCAAGGGACACGAUAACCCAGCGUUUACAAAAUAAAUAACUAGGCCAGUGCUUGUCAACCUGUUCUAUAGCCAGCGACAACUUUUGCCCCCUUUACCAGGCUAACAUUUUUGACAUGACACGGUGAAAUCAGGUGCUGGUCAAUUUUUUGUAAAGUCAUAUAUUAUUGUGCAGUUUUGAGUAUCAUCUCAAAGCGUGUCCAUUUGUUACACAUUAGGUAAAAAAAAUUCCCAUCUAUCUUGAAUAGAAGAAAAGAUAUUUGAGAUUGACGGAAGUUGGAGUCCCCUGGUAUCAGGGGUAAAAUUAACGAAGAAGUGGGAAGCCAAAGUUUGGUGUUUUCCUAAGCCUGAGUGUUCUGGGAAACUGCAAAUUUAUAUUUUUUGUGAUGUUUUAAUUUUAAAAAAUUUUAAAAUAAAAUCCACGCAGAAAUAAGUUCUUAAAUUGAUAUAGAAGGUGUUGAGCCAAAAAAGAAAAAAGAAAAGAAAUUCGAAAAAUAUUGGCGUACGGCCAAAAAAUGCUGGUUUCCUUGAUUGCAUUGUUUUGACGAGCGUCUGAUAACCACCACGAUGCCUCACAUUUUCGUAUUGCUCUCGUAAAUUUCCAAACGUGGCGUUAAUAAAUAAUACCACUCUCCACUCUGCUUAGAAUUACAAAGUUCUAUCUG